AUGGACCUCCAAAAGACAAAGGAGGCCCAGCGGGACACGCCGCGGAAGCAACAGGAGGAACGAGGCAGCGAAUGUCCGUUGGAAACGUACGGGGGAUCAGGUCACUCGAAGGAUUCGCCCAAGAACGACUCGCUGGACCACCGCGACGCCAACCGUGCCCCGGCUCCACAGCGCCGACCGAGUCGGUUCGCCCUAGCCAACGAUGCCGCACCGUCCCUAUCCCCAGCCGCCUCGUCCCAAGUUAUCGACAUCCCCGCGGCGCUCAACCUCGCGCACAAGGAGCACAAGCUGCUCCUCACCGCCAAGCGAUUGCCCCCCGUGACCAAGGGCACCCUGAGUGAACUCGAUCUGCCCUGCAUCAUGAGUAAUAUCAACCUCCGCAUGGACGCCAACUUCGAUCGCGACCUCCACUUCAAACCGGACCUCGACGGGGAAAAGGGUCGCCGGAAGCGGAGGGAGGCAGCCGAAUACUGGGAAGCCAUGGCCACGGAGAUCACCAUCUACGCCUGCCACGCGUCCCAGGGGAUGGCCGGCGAUGCUGCCUCGCAGGAAGAUCUUCAAUCCUCCUUUGAGCCGCGACUCCCCGCCAUGUUCGAGACCCUGCAGGACGUGCUGAAAACGCUGGUGCCCGAACGAGAUCACCCCAGUGUGAUGCAGAACCUGGACGUGGCCCUGCUGAUGCAGCAGAUCCAAAAGGGCGUCCUGGACAUGGUAGGCGUGGCCCAGUGGCUGGCGGCGUUGCUCAAGACCCAUUGCGCGCCGAUGCGCGACGAGUGGGCCGAUCGGAUGGUGGAGCACAUCAGCGUGGGGUCGCAAUCCCAGGACUCUAUGGAGAUCGUCCGGGGCCUUCAGACGCUGUUUGCGAUACUGGAGGCCAUGAAACUGGACGUCGCCAACCACCAGAUCCGCGCAUUCCGGGUGCUCCUCAUCGAAGACACCAUCCUCUUUCUGCAGGAGUACUUCCGCGGGAAAAUCGAGCGAGACAACUUCCGCGUGGAGGCCUCGCGCCUGUGGUAUGAGGAUCUGCAAGACCGGGAUCUCCAGCGGCGACACCACCCCGCCCCGGCGGACGGCUUCCGGCCCAUCUCCCUCCUGUUCCACGGCCUGUCGGACCUCCUGCUGCAAUUCCACAGCCCCGAAGGAUUUCCCGAGACGUUCGUCUUCGACUCCGACCGCCUGUGGCAGCUGCGAGCCUGCCUACAGAACCUCAUCAGCCUAGACAUCUGCUGGCUCAUCUUCGAGAUCUUUACCCAGCAAACCCCGCAGAAGCGCUCCCUCCCAGCGGCGACCGCCACGUACGCCUCGUUCCGGUCGCGCAUCGGCACGCUCAUGGAAGAAAGCGACGACAACCCGCGCGGCUCAGUGCCGUGGGUGAAGAACGUGCGCAGCAUCGCGCUGGAGAUCGCGCGGUUCGUCUACGCCGCCCGCGGCGGCAGCAGCAGCGGCGGCAUGGCAUCAGACGGCAUGAUCGGGCUGAUCGAGCGCGCGCUGGAGUGGCACUUAUCCAACGAGACAGAGCUGUUCCAGUACUUCCAGCGAGCCCUACGCGACAAGCUGCUCGGAUCGACGUUCGCGUCGGCGCGCAAGUACCUGAACAUGUCGCCGCUGGCCAUCUGCGAGUCGCAGCGGAAUUACCCGUCCACGCCCAUGCCGCACCAGCACUACGAUAUCGACCGGAUCUCCAUGCGGCUGGCGCAUUUAGGUGUGCUGCACUGGCGGGUGUGGGCGCCUAUUCUCUACGUACGGGAGAGCGUCGUUGAAGAUGUGACUAUGUCUUAG